GCAACAUGGAUGAGAGGCUUCUCAAGUCACAAGAACCAAAGGAAAACAACAACAGUAACCUGAGAAACAGAGUUUGGGAGGAAUCAAAACAGCUAUGGAAGAUUGGGUUCCCUUCCAUUUUAGCUAGGGUUACAGCUUUUGGCAUGUUCGUAGUGACCCAAGCUUUCAUUGGGCACAUUAGUCAACUGGAGCUUGCAGCAUACGCCCUUAUACAAGUCAUUGCGGUUCGAUUUUCAAAUGGAAUUUUGUUGGGGAUGUCGAGUGCGACCGAGACGCUUUGCGGGCAAGCAUUCGGAGCGAAACAAUACCACAUGCUUGGUAUCUACUUACAAAGAUCGUGGAUCAUCAAUCUCCUCACCUCAGCUGUUCUGCUGCCGGUGUUUAUCUUCGCGUCGUCGAUCUUCGAAUUACUUGGAGAAAACGAAGAUAUCGCGUCUGCCGCCGGAUAUAUUUCUCUUUGGUUCAUCCCCAUACUCUACUCCUUUGUUUUCAACUUCACCAUCCAAAAGUACCUGCAAUGCCAGCUUAAGAACACGAUUGUCGGAUGGAUUUCCACCGCCUCGUUCAGCGUUCAUCUGUUGUUGUCGUGGAUUUUUGUGAGCAAAUUGAAUUGGGGCAUCCCUGGUGCCAUGAGUUCAAUGAUCAUAUCAACUUGGUUGGUGCUCAUUGGGGAGUUUAUUUAUGUAUUUGGUGGAUGGUGUCCCAACACAUGGAACGGGUUCACUUCUGCUGCGUUUCUCGAUCUAUUCGGCGUGCUUAAGCUCUCGAUAUCGUCCGGGGUGAUGCUUUGCUUAGAGUUAUGGUACUAUGCCGUUCUAGUUCUGUUGGCAGGGUACAUGAAAAAUGCUGCAGUUGCCAUAGAUGCCUUCUCCAUCUGCCUCAAUAUCAUAGCUUGGCAACUCAUGAUUUCCUUCGGCUUCCUAACCGCAACCAGCGUGCGCGUAUCGAACGAACUAGGGAGAGGAAAUGCCCAAGCUGCGAAAUUUUCAGUGAAAGUUAUAACAUGUACAUCGCUUUGCAUCGGAGUGUUCUUCUGGGCUCUGUGCUUAAUUUUUGGUCAUCAGAUAGGGUACUUGUUUACAAGGGAAGCGGAAGUGGCAAACUCGGUGGCAGACCUCUCCGUGUUACUUUCGAUCUCGGUUUUGCUCAACAGUGUUCAGCCGAUCCUCUCAGGGGUAGCAAUUGGAGCUGGUAGACAAAAAAUGGUAGCAUAUGUAAACAUAUGUUCCUACUAUGCGGUCGGUGUGCCUUUGGGAAUUCUUCUUGCUUAUGUAGCCAAAAUGGAAGCUAAGGGUUUAUGGAUUGGUAUGAUCAUUGGGGUUGCAACGCAGACAGUUGUUCUAGCUUACAUCACCUCAAGGACGGAUUGGGAAGAUCAGGUUAAUAAAGCAUCAGAGAGGCUAAACAAGUGGUCAUUGAGACCUUCAGAGACAUCAGAAGAAAAGCUUAUUGAUGAAAGUAUGAGUAUAUGAGAUAUCCAUUUAAUUAUAUAAGCUCAGUGACGAAACAUAUGUGGAUUUGUUCCAUGUAAUCUAAUAAACAUAUUGGGUUCCUUCUCUUAA